UUUUAUUCAUUUUAGAUAGUGACUGGAGUUUUAUACUAUUCACCAGUACUGAUCAUUGAUACUGGAAAAAUUGUUUUCUUUCAUUUGUUUUUGUUCCAGUUUAUAAUCUGAACGAGUCACACAUACACCCUAGUACAUGUUCCUCGGCGCUGAGGGCAUCCCCGAAGCGCGGGGGAUUUCGUCACAUUUCUGAUUGGCUGUCUUGUAUUUCUAAUAAGUUGUUUAAUAGUUGGCAUGCUGAAUCAUAUACAUAAUGGGCUGGUUUAGAUCAAUCCUAACCGAAUGUAUUUCUAGUUAAUAGAAUAGUAAACCUAGAAUGGUAAACCUAGUAACAAUAUAAAAUUUCAAACGGUUAACUAUUUUUAUUCGACUGCUACAAGAUCAAUAAUUCCAUGAGCUUGGGCUUCUGUUGCUGACAUAAAAACAUCUCUUUCCAUAUCUUCGGAUACAACCCAUAAGGGUUUGCCCGUUCUUUGUCCAUAAACCCUUGUGAGGGUUUCGCGCAAUUUCAAAAGUUCUUCCGCUUCCAGGAGAAAUUCUCCCGUUUGGGCCUCAUAAAAAGAGCUCGCGGGUUGAUGAAUCAUUACCCUGAUGAUAUAUCCUAAAAAAAGUUCUUCUAUCUCGCACAAAGAGGCGACGAGAAAAAAUACGGAAUAACAAUAAAAAAGAUAGAAUUGAACAACCGUACGUGCAUCUUUUUCGCAUUGCAUACGGCUAUACAAUGGAAUUUACUUUCAUUUUCCGUUGAAAAAAAAAGAGAAAAUAUAGGAUCGAUCAGAUCCAGAUCAGUAAAUUAUCCAAUUACCACCCUUCUUUUCGUAGGAGUUCAAAAAUACUAUGAUGGCUCCGUUGCUUUAGAUAUUUAUUUCGUCUGUAGUUCAGCAAUCCCAAAGUUUCUUUUUGAUCUGAAAAAUAAGGAAGAAAGCUUUUUUGUAUUCUUUCAAACAUAAAUAGAGUCUUUUUUUAUGAAAAAAAAGUUUGUGACGCUGAAAUGGACUCCUGAUAUAAAAUCAAAAAAUCGGGAAUACUCUUCAUCUCAUACUACUCUUUCGAUACAUAAUCGAAUGUUUUGAAAAUAAAAUCGAGCAAAAUUUUCUCAUAUCGAAUUCAAAGUGCCAUGCUAUUAUUACUUAAUAUUAAUAUUUCAUAUGGUGAAGGCAUAGUCUUCUUUUUUCUCUCAAAUAAAAAACUCAUUGGCGCCAAGCGUGAGGGAAUGCUAAACGUUUGGUAAUUUCUCCUCCGACCAGGAUAAAAGAUCCCAUUGAAGCAGCCAACCCCAUACAUAUUGUAUGUACAUCUGGUCGCACAAAUUGCAUGGUAUCAUAAAUAGCUACUCCGGGUAUUACCCAUCCGCCAGGAGAAUUUAUAAACAAAUACAAAUCCUUGGUAUCGUCCUCGAUACUGAGAUAUACCAUAAGACCUAUAAGUUGAUUUGAGAUCUCGCUAUCGACUUCUUGGCCUAAAAAAAGUAAUCUUUCUCGAUAAAGUCGGUUGAUUAGGGUAAAAUUGUAUCCCUUAGGAACCGUACAUGCACCUUUUGAUGCAUACGGUUCAAACAAAAUUGUGAAAAAAAAUCAAUGUGUAGAUUUUAUAUCCUUUUUUUUUCAUCGAGGUUUUUUCAACUUAUAAUGAAUAAUCAAGGGUCUUCUUUUCUAUUUUUCAAGAAAGAUUACUUUUUGUUCCUUUCCCGAAAUUACCCAUAUAAUAAUAGAAUAAAAUUCUACUAAAAUCGAAAAAAAAAUUGAACUUACUUUUCAUUGAUGUAUCAUAUCAUCGAGAUCCAAUCCAAAUCACGAUGUCAUUUUCUUGUUCUUGAAUGGGUCUCUUUUCUUUUUUUAGGUUUAUGCUCUACUCCGGGUAAAGAUCUGCCCGAUUUUGAUUUGCACAUAUAGGGCAAAUGUUUCCAAUACCACUUGUUUUUGUUCUUAAAAUUUCCCCUUUUUUUAUUUAUUUCAUAUCGUUUCUUUCGUCAAUUUCAAUAUUCAACAUAUUAUAUUCAUUACUUUAAUUGAGUGAUUAAGGUUAAGAUAGCUCUUUUUCUAUUUUGAAUUUCAAAUUGAAACGAUUAAGAGUUUAAAGUAAAUAAACUAUAUAAUACAAGUAGUAAUUUGCAAUAUAUUCCCAAUUGGGAUUGGGGUUUUUAUAAGCGGAGCCUGGAUACUUCAUUUUUUUGGUCCAACUGAGCCAACCAUAAAUUAUUCUAAUUGAUAAUAUUAAUCUGAAUCCCCCUAAAACUAAAAAAAGGAUCUAAUUGCAUUUCACGCUCCAAAUUUUGGAUGAUUCAAUCAAUCUUUCUUGGGCGAAAGGGGGGAUAUCUCAAUCGGGAGAGAGAACGGGAAAAUCCCAUAUGACCCAAUAUAUCUGACAAGUCGCACUAUACGUCAACCCAAGAUGCAUCUUCCUCUCCAGGACUUCGAAAGGGAACUUUUGGAACACCAAUAGGCAUUAAAUGAAAGAAAAAAUAAUUAAGUACUCUAUUUCACUUUGAUGUGGAAACGUAAUAAUUAGGAUUUAGGAUUAUUGUCUUUAUAAUAUCAACCUUCUUUUAAUUCGAUUUUCUGCAUAGAUUAGAAAGGUUUAGUUUAAGAAGAGAGAAUAAAUAAAGGAAAAUUCUUACUAAUAUAGCCUUCCAAUUAUGAACAAGUAUGAAAGCAUUUACUGAUAGACGCUGGUAUCAACUCCCCAUUGCGUAUUGCUACUUAUCGGGUAUAGAAUAGAUUUGUUUCUCUUUGUUCCUACAAACCUAAUUGUUCCAUUAUUACCAACAGAAUAGAACAAAUAUUAACCCUUGUUCCGAGAUAAUCUAUGGAACAAAAGGGAUCCAUUGCAUAGUCAUAGUCUUUUCCAAUGCAAUAAAGUUACAUAGUGUCAUUUUUCUUUGAUAAAGGGGUAUUUCCAUGGGUUUGCCUUGGUAUCGUGUUCAUACCGUCGUAUUGAAUGAUCCCGGCCGCUUGAUUUCUGUCCAUAUCAUGCAUACAGCUCUGGUUGCUGGUUGGGCCGGUUCGAUGGCUCUGUAUGAAUUAGCAGUUUUUGAUCCCUCUGACCCCGUUCUUGAUCCAAUGUGGAGACAGGGUAUGUUCGUUAUACCUUUCAUGACUCGUUUAGGAAUAACCAAUUCAUGGGGCGGUUGGAGUAUUACAGGGGGGACUAUAACGGAUCCCGGCAUUUGGAGUUACGAAGGUGUGGCCGGAGCGCAUAUUGCGUUUUCUGGCUUGUGCUUUUUGGCAGCUAUUUGGCAUUGGGUGUAUUGGGAUCUAGAAAUAUUUUCUGAUGAACGUACAGGAAAACCUUCUUUGGAUUUGCCUAAGAUUUUUGGAAUUCAUUUAUUUCUUUCCGGGGUGGCUUGUUUUGGUUUUGGUGCAUUUCAUGUAACAGGCUUGUACGGGCCCGGAAUAUGGGUGUCCGAUCCUUAUGGACUAACUGGAAAAGUACAACCUGUAAGUCCAGCAUGGGGCGUGGAAGGUUUUGAUCCUUUUGUUCCAGGAGGAAUAGCCUCUCAUCAUAUUGCAGCAGGGACAUUAGGCAUAUUAGCCGGUCUAUUCCAUCUUAGUGUCCGUCCGCCUCAACGUCUAUACAAAGGAUUACGUAUGGGCAAUAUUGAAACCGUUCUUUCUAGUAGUAUCGCUGCUGUCUUUUUUGCAGCUUUUGUUGUUGCCGGAACUAUGUGGUAUGGUUCAGCAACUACUCCGAUCGAAUUAUUUGGCCCGACUCGUUAUCAAUGGGAUCAGGGAUACUUUCAGCAAGAAAUAUACCGACGAAUAAGUGCUGGGUUAGCCGAAAAUCAAAGUUUAUCGGAAGCUUGGUCGAAAAUUCCCGAGAAAUUGGCUUUUUAUGAUUACAUUGGCAAUAAUCCUGCGAAAGGAGGAUUAUUUAGAGCGGGCUCAAUGGACAACGGCGAUGGAAUAGCUGUUGGAUGGUUAGGACACCCCAUUUUUAGAGAUAAAGAAGGACGUGAACUCUUUGUACGCCGUAUGCCUACUUUUUUUGAAACCUUUCCGGUCGUUUUGAUAGAUGGGGACGGAAUUGUUAGAGCUGACGUUCCUUUUAGAAGAGCAGAAUCUAAGUAUAGCGUUGAACAAGUAGGUCCAAAAGAAACAUAA